AUGGAGUCCCUUGGCAUUUUGAAGCUAUGGGAUGCUCGCGGCCUUCUGUUCCUGGCUCUCGAGCCGAAGCAGCCGAGGGAACUGACGAGAGUGUUUGCUGCCUACAAGAACGAGGUGUCGGACAGACAAAUAGGGGAUCGCCGUGGAGCCAAUGGCUUGGAAGGGAGAGUCGUGGGACCGUCCACUACGUUGCCACCGGGCCAGUUGCUUACCGCCUUGACAGUCCCCCGUGGCUACCGGCUCAUCGGCUCAUCCACGGACAGAGCCGAUUCGAAUCAUCAGUCGAUGAUAAGCAGUGCCAGGGCGGAGUCGAAUGCUAUCGGCCCGUGCUUCAAGAUCGGUGACCUAGAAGGCACUGCGACCUUAGCAGCAGCAAGAGCCGCCGCCUCACCUAGCCCUCAUGAUGUGGAGGAAGCCGACUGCCUCCGAAGGAUCAGGGCGGCCAGGCUUUGCACCGCCGACAUUCCCCCUUCGCUUCUUUUUGAUCCAGCCACGCCCGUCUAUGGAGCAUUCAGGUCGCUGUAUCAGGGCGAUCACAUUGGAGUAGAGUUCUCUACGGAGGCCCAUGCCGCAUUGCUUCAGGGGGCUGAUUUGUUGGCGCCCUCCGGCGCGGCCGAGUCUACCCGCCGCGUGCUACGGGCCAAGGCAGAGUAUGAGCGAGCUGGUGUAAAGGGGUCUGACAAUAAAGAUGUUCUUGGCUCGGACUGCAUCACUGCCGCUGGAGCUCAGAUAGACUCCUCCGCCCUUGCCCUGGACUGUGGGGGAGUGUUCGUGUCGGCCCCUACAGGAAAGCUGCUGGCCCUUGCCAUCAUCAGCUUGAAAACCUCAGCUCUGCCCGCUGUCAGUGAGGAGCUUGCUUCAAACCUUGCAGGCUCAUGGAUUGCCGCCCUGAUGUUCAGGCGGAAGGUCGCCCAGGAGCUCGUCCUCCUCGCGACUUUGGUUCCGGUGAUGUCAAGCAAUGUUUCCGCCGGUUUCCACCACACUCUUUUCUGCUCGGACGCCUCCACUAAGAAAGGCGCCUUUUGCUGUCUUGAGCAGUGCGAAGAAGUUGUUGCUGCAGUGUGGCUGUCGGCGGACCGCAAGGGCCACUACACCCGCCUCGACUCAGCAAGCCCCCCUGCCGACGAUGAUUCUUCCGAUGAACUCGACCCCGGGUACUCAGCUGAGUAUGAUGUUACAGGGAGAGAUUUUGCUGAGUGGGCCAUCCACCUGAUUUGGACCGGCCGUGCAAGGUUGCUGAGCGAGUUGUGGGCCUCUUCAAGAUCGCAGUUCGAGCUAGGAUUUCUUGCGCAGUCGACAGGUUCCAGGCACUGCCCCUUCAGGUAUUGCCCAGUGCCUGACCCACCUCCUGAGAGCCAAGCCAAGGGAGGAGCCUGGGCCAUGGCCUCUCCUGGAGAUGGGACAAAGGGAGGUGAGUGCUGCAGACCAGUGAUGAUCUUAGACUCCUCGUGUGCCAGAGGAGCUCUUGCAAAGGGGAGGGGAGGCAUCUACCCGGCCUAUGUGUUUGGCCCCACUCGCUUGAACGUGUCCGACGACCCGACACGCUGUGUCCAGCUUCGGCCACCAGCACCUCAUUCGGCCCUCGAUGGGCUCUCUGAGGAGUCUGUGGUUCAGCUGUGCAGCCUGUCCGGGAGCAGCAAAGCAAAGGCCCUUGCUGAUUAUCCGUUUCGAGCCUGCCCACCGUCUCCCCUCCUUCUCUCUUUGACAGCCCUCUUCCCGGCGAGUGAGUUGCUUGACUUGCUGCCACAAGCCGGGAAGAGGCGCUUCGGCCUCAAUGGUGAUGAGAAGUUCUGGACUACCGGCCUUUACUCGCAGGGCCCUUUCAGAGGUGUCAGGAAAGCUUCGUUCAAGUUUCCUUUGUCCACGCAGCUAGCUUGUUGUGUAGUGCAGCGAGCUGCGCCCGGGCAUGUAUUUACCUCAGUUGCCCUCCUUCAGAACGUUCGCAGUGCCCCUCACAAAGACAGGAAUAAUGCCAUUGGUGUGCCCAGCUUUGUUUGUGCGCUUUCGCGCUUCUCCGGAGGCCAGAUAUGGGUUGAAGGAGGCUGUGAAGACGCUCUUGAGAACAUUGAGGGCUCAGAAAGGUAUGGGGAACUCCUUGACCCUCAAGCUGGCCCAGUUUACCUAGAUGGCCACCGCACCCACCUGACUCGAGAGUGGGUCGGCACAAGGAAGGUUGCCGUCGCCUUCUGCGUGAAGGAUGCAGACAAGGUCCCUGCUCAGGAUUGGGAAACAGUUCGCAAGCUUGGCUUCCGCCUGCCUCGGAGGCGGAAGAGGCCUCCGCCCGCAUACUCCUCUGACCUUGGUGUUGACUUUGAUGCCACCUUGGGCUACCCGGGAGAAGGGCCUUUCAGUCUCUUCAUGAUCCUCCUCGCCGUUCUCCUCUGUGGAUUUUCUUCCUCUGCCCUUCUUGGGCCCCGCAACGCGGCCGACCGAGCCCGAGCUGAGAGGAGGUCCCCUUUAGGUUUGCCGGCUGGGAGGGCUGUUCUUCCUAGGAAACCCUUUGAUGCUGAGGAGGUUGCUGAAGCUUUGGUUCGCUACGGAAGGGAUCUGUAUGGGAGACAAGUUCAGGCGGCUUGGGACCUCAGCUUCGCUUGGCUCGCUGAGGAACCUUACAACCACCACACGGCCAUCCCGCCACCGGUGCUGAUCGCUGAUCGAAGAACCGAAGACUCGAGGGCGGUGUCAAAGCACCAAGCAGCGAAGGUCGAGGCCGAGGAUCUGGUUCAGGUCAUUAUCCUCGCCUUCUCCCCGCUGCACCCGCUUGAGAUGCUAUGGCCUAUGUCUCCUCAAACCCUCAGAAAAAGGUUCGACGUGCUGCUGAAACGAGUUGGGGCCUCACCGCCUCCGGUCAGCGUGAGGGCCCUUGAUCUGGGGUCGUUUAGACCAGGCGGCGCUACCUACAUGCUUCAGCAGACGGAGGACAGUGAGCUUUGCCGACGUAGAGGUAGGUGGGCCUCUGCGCGGGUUAUGGAAAUCUACCUGCAAGAGAUUGCGGCCUCGACGUUCCUGCCCUUGCUCCCCAAGGCCCAGAAGGACAGGAUCUUCGCCUUCGCUGCAGGUUUUAUUACCAUCCUGGAACAGGCAAAGCAGUGGCAGAAAGCAGGUAUAAAGCAGAAUGUGUGGUAUAAGUUGUGGCCUGGAGGCUAA